AUGUCGGAGUUCUUGUGCUUGCAUCCCGACCGCGAGCGAGGCUGUCAGCAUCGACAAGUAACUCAACAUGAUGCAAUCAGGCUCGAGAAAACCCGCGAAAACACCAGUCAAGAGCGAGAGAACACACUUGAAACUGAUGAGAACAUAAAUCUCAACAUUUCUGAUGUGCAGGUGAAGGGUGUUGCGACAAUUAGACCUGGAAUUAUUCUUACAGCUCAACAUACGUGGCUGAACAGCAUUUGCGCCAAUUCUUUGUCUCGAGUUUCCCCCAAUCUCCUCGAUCCGUUUGACACUCUGUGCGAGAGUCCUGAGCGACUGCGACAGCUAGUGAGACACCCAUUAGCCAAGACAGCUGGGGAACCGUUGUUUCGAAUUGACCGACAGGCACAUUACGUUGUGCUCCAAGGCUUGUGCAAUGGAGAUGGUCUGGCGCCCUUGCUGAUUCACAAGUCUUUGUUCCAUGCACUAUCUCUCCUUCUAGCUUUAGCAGCCAAUAACUUCCAGCCUAACUACGAAACGAUGCACCACCGCAGUCAGGUUCUGAAUUCUCUCAAUCGAGAGUUGUCCCAUUUUGGCGGUGACUCAACAAUACUACAUACCAUAACAGCCAUUCUCAUGGUUAUCAGCUACGAGUACCGAGUUCGCGAUACAUAUCCUGGUAAUGCCUGUGCUGCUACACAUAUGCGUGGACUCCAAGCGAUCAUAUCCCAAUCUGAUAUCUUGGCCAGGCAAUAUGGUGUCUCGCUUGUUACCCAAGUUCAGCGAGCUCUGUUCUGGCAGGACAUCAUCUGCUCCCUUGCAACUGGUGCACCCCGACUGUUGAAGUUCGACAAUCGCGAGAUAUUUGCGUGCCUACGGGAGGAUGAGACGUAUCGCAGCUAUUUUACUUUGCCUCAAGGAUUUAAUCCGCAUAGCCAUGUGUGGUCAGCGGAGGUAUCUGCUGUAUUCGAGGAUCUUAACGCGCUAUGUUGCAUCGUGGACAUGAUGCGCCAAGGGACAGGAGCGUCAAUCGACCUUGUUGAUAAUGCUCACGAGGAUACUAUAGCUAAUCCAGUAUCCUUGAUGGAGGACUUCGAUGAUGAGGGUUACCCACUAUGCAACAGCCAAGCUGAGUUGCAGAUUCGACUCGUGGAUCUUCUUAGUGGAACAAGAAGAGAUGGUUCUCAGAGCGAAGAAGCCCUGAUUUACAGAGCAUGCCUCUUUGCAGCUUAUCUCUGUACAUAUCGACUCUCUGAAGGUGUCUGGGGAGGGUACUUUGCGCCCGAGAAAUGUGUCACCGAGAUCCUUGAUUGUAUGACAGACUUCACAAGACAAAUGUCGCCGUGGAAGCUUGCGCCAGACAUCACAUUGUGGUUGAUGUAUGUGGCCGGAGGCCUCACAAAGAGUCAAUUCCAUAAAGAACAAGCGGCAGCGUUGGUGCAACGUUAUUGGUGCUUCUACUCGGCUGGCUACGACCGGGACUGGGAGCUAGUGGAGAUGGGGUUGAGGAAGUUUAUCUGGUGUGAACACGUCAUGGAACAAAAGAUGUAUAAUUUCUGGCAAGAAUGCCAGGCUAGUUUCUGA